CCCUUCCAACCCAAACUGUUCUGUGAUUCUAUGCCUAAAUGAUGCUUAGAUGAAAAAUGUGCCUUUGCAAAUGAAUUUUUUUUCCUUUUUUUUUUUUUUUCCUGGAGAAUGUGUCUUUUCAUUUCUGAAAUAGGGAAGUUAAGUCUGACUGUUGAACUCUUUUUCAGAUUCUUUAUUUGAAAAUGGCAACACUAAUUCACAGUUUAUCAGAUCACAGUGAUGACGUCAACUACUGCGCCUUCUCCUCGUCGUGCUUGGCUACGUGUUCCUUGGACAAAACCGUUCGCGUGUAUUCCCUGCGCGACUUCUCCGAGCUGCCGUACUCGCCGCUGCGCGGCCACACGUACGCGGUGCACUGCUGCUGCUUCUCGCCGUCGGGCCGCGUGCUGGCCUCGUGCUCCACGGACGGCACCACGGCGCUGUGGGACACGCGCGACGGCCGCCGGCUUGGCGUGCUGGGCCAGCCGCGCGCCAGUCCCCGUCGCGCUGUGCCGCUUUGCAUCCGCGCGGCUCCCGCUCUGCUCGCGGGGCGCCGACCAGGCACCCCUCGUUGUACGUGGGACGUCCCAGUCGCUCCACUCUACAGGUCUGGAAAUGUUAAAGAUGGUUCUUUGGUGGCUUGUGCAUUUUCUCCCAAUGGAAAUUUCUUUGUCACUGGAUCAUCAAGUGGUGAUUUAACCAUUUGGGAUGAUAAAAUGAGAUGCCUGUAUAAUGAAAAAGCACAUGAUCUUGGUGUUACCUGCUGUGAUAUUUCUUCAAAUCCAGUAUCUGUUUUAUCAGAUAAUGAAAGUGGAUUCAAAUACUUCCAGAUGGCUUCUUGUGGACAAGAUAAUCAGAUAAAGCUUUGGCUUAUUUUAUUUGCAGAUUUCUUAGGUGUUGAAUUAAAAUAUAAAUGCACAUUGAAUGGACAUUCUGCCCCAGUUCUGGCUUGUGCAUUUUCAUACGAUGGGCAGAUGUUGGUGUCGGGGUCUGUGGACAAGUGUGUCAUAAUCUAUGAAACUAGUACUGGCAAUACCCUUCGUACUUUGUCUCAGCAUACCAGAUAUGUUACAACUUGUGCUUUUGCACCACAUAGUCACUUACUUGCCACGGGCUCAAUGGAUAAAACUGUGCACAUAUGGCAGUUGGACCUGAAGCAACCCUCUGCAGGAAAUAUUGUAGAAACUGAAUCUGAGGUGGCUGUUGAGGACUGGUCAGAGGAUGAUGUUUCAGCCUGGCUCUGUGCACAAGAUUUAGCAGACUUUGUUGGGCUUUUCAAAAUGAAUAAUAUUGAUGGCAAGGAGCUACUGAAUCUUACUAAGGAAGGUCUUGCUAAUGAAUUAAAAAUCGAGUCUCUAGGCCUGCGCAGUAAAAUUCUCCAGAAGAUUGAAGAACUGAGGAUGACAAUGAGCUCAGUUUCUGUUCCUGUCCCUGAUGAGUUCCUGUGUCCUAUAACAAGGGAGCUUAUGAAGGAUCCUGUCAUUGCAGCGGAUGGCUAUUCCUAUGAAAGGGAAGCAAUGGAACACUGGAUCAGCAAUAAGAGACGAUCUAGUCCCAUGACCAAUCUUCCCCUCCACUCCCUUAUGCUCACACCAAACAGGACACUAAAAAUGGCCAUCACUCGCUGGCUGGAGACUCAGCAGAAAUGUUAAACCCCUUUGGAAUUCUGUGUAGCUAAAGGAACUAACUGUAUCAGGAACAACUGGGAAAAAAAGUUCUAUUUCUGGUCUAAUCUGUGGCUCUUUCAAAGAAAACCUUCAUUGGUGGAAGCUCCCAGAAGAACUUUUUAAAGUUAUUGGUUAUUUUUCCUUUGUGGUAUUUCUGUUCAAGAAAUGAAGUAAUAACAGUUUUUCAAAUAAAGUUUUCUUAAAAUUUUCACUACA